AUGGGGCCCAUGGGCCAGAUUUGGUCUUCAGUGGGGCCUGUGGGCCAGAUUUGGUCUUCAAUGGGGCCCGUGGGCCAGAUUUGGUCUUCAGUGGGGCCCGUGGGCCAGAUUUGGUAUUCUGUGGGGCCCAUAGGCCAGAUUUGGUCUUCUGUGGGGCCCAUGGGCCAGAUUUGGUCUUCAAUGGGGCCCAUGGGCCAGAUUUGGUCUUCAGUGGGGCCCAUGGGCCAGAUUUGGUCUUCAGUGGGGCCCGUGGGCCAGAUUUGGUCUUCAGUGGGGCCCAUGGGCCAGAUUUGGUCUUCUGUGGGGCCCAUGGGCCAGAUUUGGUCUUCAGUGGGGCCCAUGGGUCAGAUUUGGUCUUCCGUGGCCUAUGAAGUAUGGCCUGUGGAUCAUUACCAGUUGUACUGUAUUAAUGAUCUUUCUACGAGUAUGUUAGGGUUCGAAUCUCUGGCCCGUGAUGAUCUCCAUUUAGAAAACUCUGGCCCCUGA